ACCAACCUUUACGGCUUGCUUGUCCUUUGCUUUCUUUUGGUUCCCAAAUAGUUUUACCCCUGUCCUCAACCUUUGUCACUAGAAACCGCCAAGAUGCCUGAGAUCACCGCUCUCCUGUUCGACUGCGACAACACCCUCGUCCUCUCCGAGGAGCUCGCCUUCGAGGCCUGCGCCGGCCUUAUCAACAAGAUCUGCGAGGGUCGUCAACUCGAGGUCCGUUUCACCGGCGAGACUCUGAUCAAGGAGUUUGUCGGCCAGAACUUCCGCGGCAUGCUCCUUUCGCUCCAAAAACUCUACAACAUCGAGAUCAACCCCGAGGACCUCGAGUCCUACGUUCUCCAGGAGGAGGACGCCGUCAUUGCCAAGCUCAAGGAGUCCCUUCGACCUUGCCCCGGUGUCGAUGAGCAGCUCGAGGCGCUCACCGCUUCCAACAAGUACCAACUUUCCGUUGUUUCCUCGUCUGCUCUCCGCCGUGUCCGCGCCUCGAUCGAAAAGGUUGGACAGGACAAGUACUUCCCCGGCGACGUGGUCUUCUCCGCCGCCACAAGUCUUGAGAAGCCCACCAGCAAGCCCGACCCCGCCAUCUACCUCCACGCUAUGCAGAAGCUUGGCAAGAAGGCCGAGGAGUGUGUUGCCAUUGAGGACAGCAAGAGCGGUACCCUGAGCGGAACUCGGGCCGGCAUCAAGGUGAUUGGCUACGUCGGUCCUUAUGCUGAGGACAAGCAGGCCGAGAUGGAGCAGGUCCUGAGGGACGCCGGCGCCGUCAUCAUCAUGCGUGACUGGGCCGAGUUCCCUGCUGCCUUGAAGAAGGUUGAGGCCGGUGAGGUUUAGAAGGAAGAAGGAGUCAGUUUCACACCAGUCUGCUUUUCGGAAUACCCAGACAUGACAUGAGAUGUCGGCCAUGUAGUGCACAGAGCCGAGAAGCAGUAGAUCCCACUUUAGACUAAUCAAUCUCGUUGAACAGUA